UCAUUAUUCAAUAUUCUUUUUAAUUUUUUUGUGUAGUGGUCAGUGGGUAGUUAAUGUCUAUGCUUUAUUGCUUUAAUGGUUUACGGUGAUUACGUUUACAGGGGCAUUUACAGAAUUUAGUUUUUAGUAAUUUAGUUAAAGUAUAUUUUACUAAUUACAAUAAGUUUAAAUAUUAUAAACCUCCAAUCUUCGAAGUGUGCCGUGAGUGAAUGAGUGAUACAGUUUUACUGUUCAAAAUUUCGCAUCAUAAUAAAUGUUAUUCUAGUUUCCACCGAUAAUCUAAUAACAAUGCAGUGUUUUGCGUUGACCAUUAGAUAAAUCUCUUAGUGUAAAUCAUCAUUGUCGGUUGUUGCCAAUAUGUUUGAAUACACGUCCUUGUUGGUCUACACUCUGUUCUUUAUGAUUGUGUCGGCUUGUUUUAUGCUCAGAACUACCGAGUUUGUGUCCAAUGGUCUAACCGUUGAGAAUCUGCUUGAUACAGUGAUCGACAAAGAGUAUAAUAAUUUCAUAUUGCAUCACAUCAAGCGAACAUCAUACAGCAUUAUUGUACAUUCAAGCCUACCAUUUGCUUAUUUACUAGGCACGCUGCUAGUUAAUGACAAUGAAAAAGCAUUUGUUAGUGUUUACUUUUAUGAGUUGAUGUUUUUAGCAUUGUUACCAAUUGGCUAUAGCUUUUCAAUAGUUUCUAAAUGGAAAUUGAAUAAUUGGGGUAAUCAUCCAUUAUCAAUUAUUUUGAGUCGUUAUAAUUUGGUUGAUUGGACACUUAUAGCUCAAAACAUUUCUACCGAAUAUCAAUGUCUUCAAAAAUUGACGUUGUCUUAUGGUACAACAAAUAGAACAGUUGUUACUGAAAACUGGAUAAUAUCAAUAAAACCUUACAUGGUUUAUGUCUCUAAGAAAUCAGAAAGUUCUUUCUUAGUGUAUAGUUCAGAUAUCCACAAUUCUACACCUGAUGGCACUCCUGGUAGUAUACAGUUCAUCAACAUUCAAGUGAUACCAAUUCGAUCUCAAAUUAAAUGGUUUAUUGUUAGAAUAAGAUCUGAAGACUUUAAAACACUAGAAGAACAUAUUGGUCAUCCUAUACAGAUUGCGGAAAACGUCAAGUUACAGCGCUCAAGAACAGAACGUUUCAUUGAAGUGUUUCGUGAUCAGGUCUCCCAAAAUCCAGUAUAUAAUGGUUACAGUUCAGCAGAAUUAGAAGAUGAUGUGUGCGCUGGUUGUUUGGUGAAUCCUCCAGACGUUAAACUUACUAAAUGUUGUGAAGAUAGCAAUGACAUAGUAAAUUGUACUUCGUGUCAAUGUAGACCUAUGUGGUGUGUUGAUUGCAUGGCCAAAUGGUAUGAAUCAAGGCAACCUCAAAAUGACACAACCAUAUGGUUAUCAUCAAAAUGUACUUGUCCACUCUGUCGUCAAUUGUUCUGCAUCCUUGAUGUUUGUCCAUUGCAAAAUUCUGAUUUAGUUAAAAAUAAUUAAGUACUAUUGACAACACUACUACUGUGAUAAUGUAUGUAGUAUAAAUAGUAUCCUUUAAGUUUUUAAUGUUUUGUUAUCUUAAAUAUUUAAUUUGUUUUGAUUUAAACUUAUAAAAAGAUUUAAAACUA